UUGUAAAUCAAUACGACCUUCCCUAUUCUGCUGAACAUCUUACAGCAAUGUCUUAUCGUGAUUAUUCUUCCUUAAUGCAGGAUGUUCGUUUAACUAGCCAACAAAAGGCUUUAAUUAAAAAAAUUAGAAGAAGAGGUCGUAAUAAAUUGGCGGCGAGAAAGUGUCGUGACCGUCGUUUAAAGAAUGAAGCUAGAUUUGAUGGGGAAGUGGUUUUUGAUGAAUAUAUUGAAGAGGAAGAAGAUUGGGUUGAGGAUAUUGAUGUUGUUGAUGUUGAUGAUUUAAGUAUUGUUAAUAAAUGGAGAAAUGUUAGCAAAGCAAAAUUUAAUAAUGAAGGAAAUAAUUUUGAAAAGAAAUUUGGAGAAGAAGAUAAGUUUAAACAAGAAAGUAUUUCACGUUUUCCGUCUACCUCAGCAUAUGCAAACAAUAUUAAUUCUAACCAACAGCAACAAUUUCCCCCUUUAACUCAAAAUAUUUUAAAUGAAAAUACUUCUCCUUCAAGGCAACGUUCACGUAAACAACAACAUCCCUCUACACAACAAUUUGCUAUUCGGGUUGAAAUUUGAAAAAAAAUUCGGGUGAUGGUGAUUAAAUUUAUAUACAUACUAUGUACAGGGUGUUUCAACUAAGAAAUACAUAUUAUUAUUUUUAUUUUUGGCUUUUUUCUUUUUUUGUGAAUUUAAUAUUUCUUUUUUUUUAUUUAAUUUUCAUUUGUCAUAAAUUUUGAAUAUGUAUUAUUUAGAAGUUUAAUUGACAAAAAUGGGACGGGGGGGGGGGGGGGGGGAGGGGGGUUCUUAUUUUUUUAUACAUAAUAUCAAGAAUCUUUUUACUGAAGAGAGAUUUAAGAAAGUCUAAGCUGUACUUUCGUAUAUGCCCACCGAGAUCGAAAAUCGAAGUAUAGACCAUCCGAUUCCUCUCGC